ACAUCUUUUUGCAAAGGCGUGGGCGUGGGGAUCCCCUGCACUUUCCGCUGCGCUGUUCCAGCUUCAUCUGCGUCUGCUGCUCGUGCUCUCGCUCUCCCCACACGCGCUGCCUGCUGCACGCCCACAACAGCAUCUCUGGUGGCGGUUCCUCCUCCCAAAACCUCUCUCCUCUCCCCUCUCUCUGAGAGUGUGUGUGGGUGGCAGUGAGUAAUAAAUGGCAGUGAGCAGCGUGCGUGGCCGAGGCGGCAGCUGAGCAGAGCGAGCGCUCGUCGCUAGUCGUCGCUAGUGCUGUGCUGUGCAGCUGCUAGCUGUGUGCUGUGCUGUGCAGCGGUUGCUCCUCCUCCUGGUCCCUGCCGGCCUCCCUGGUGCUGCUCCGCUCCUCGCCUCGCCUUCCUCGUCGCUUGCUCGUUUUUUUUCGCACUGGGCGGAUUUCUUUCUUCCUCGCGAGGAGGAGGAGGAGGGGGAAAAGGGUUAUCCGUUUCUUGCGGGGGCCUGUUGCUGCAGAGAUCCAUCCAGAGCCAGCCAGGAUUCAAGAACUGGCCUCCUUUUUGUGCUUUACUCCCCAAGAGAUUUUCACCCCAAAGUUUGAUCCUUGAAGCCGAUUCGAUCCCUGAAAACAACCAAAGCUGCCGCAAAUCCGUUGUGAUUCCAGGAAAUCGCAGGGCGGAGGGGAGAGGUGAGGAGAGGAGAGGAGAGGGCGUCCUCUUCCGAGCAUCCAGCAUUGCCGCCUGUCGAUGAGUGAGCGCUGCCUCCGAUGCUGUCGGGGUGCUCGGUGUCCAGUCUCGCGGCGCGGUUCGCCUUCUUCCCGCCGGAGCCGGCGACGUACGCCGUCCGGAAGGACGAGGCCACGGGCCGCCUCGUCGCCUCGGGGGUGCCGCGGGACAACGCCUUGGACGUCCUGCUCGUCGACACCGCCAGGGGGAACAAGGUCGUCGCCUUCUACUUCCGGAACCCCUGCGCCCGGCUCACCCUGCUCUACUCGCACGGCAACGCCGCCGACCUUGGCCAGCUGUACGACCUCUUUGUGCAGCUCAAGGUCAAUCUCAAGAUCAAUCUGAUGGGAUACGACUAUUCUGGCUAUGGUGCAUCUACUGGCAAGCCAAGUGAAGAGAAUACAUAUGCAGACAUUGAAGCAGUUUACCAAUGCUUAGAAACUGAGUAUGGGAUCAGCCAGGAAGACAUUAUCCUGUAUGGACAAUCUGUGGGCAGUGGACCAACAUUACAUUUAGCCUCUCGUUUGCCUAGAUUGCGUGGGGUGGUUCUCCACAGCGCUAUACUGUCAGGCCUCCGUGUUGUUUGCCAUGUGAACUUUACUUUCUGCUUUGACAUUUACAAAAAUGUGAAGAAAAUAAAAAAGGUCAAAUGCCCAGUGCUCGUUAUUCAUGGGACGGAUGAUGAUGUUGUGAACUGGUCACAUGGAAAGGAGCUGUGGAAGCUAGCAAGGGAUCCUUACGACCCACUGUGGAUCAAAGGGGGCGGUCACUGCAACCUGGAGCUGUACCCGGACUUCAUCCGCCACCUAUCCAGGUUCAUCCGCGAGAUGGAGAACAUCACAACGAAGAUCCGGCUCAAGAAGAUCAGGCCGUCCCUCCAGCUGCCCAGAAAGAAGGCCCACCACCGGGCGAACACCGCGACGACAACCACCUUCACCGCUAACUGCUGCUGCCGCAUCCGUGUCCGCAAGCCGACCUGCCCCAGCUGCAACUUCAGCUGCGGUGGCUGCUGUGGGCUGAGGAACUGCUUCACAUUCCGUUUUUCCAGGUGCUGCCGCCCUCCUACCUGCUUCACCGGCGGUGGCGGCUGUUGCUCGUGCAGGAGCUGCUUCAAGUGCUGCUGCUGUGGAGAUGGGCGUUAAUGAAUGCCGCUGGCUGAUCUUUGCGCAUGUAUAGUAAAGAGGAAUGGUCCUGGGAUAUCUGCUAACCCUUUAAAUGCCGUAGACUAAAAACCUAGAUUUGAGUUAGCUGAAGGUUGUGUUAACAGAUAGAGACUUCCCCCCGCCGCACUUGUGCUUUGCUUCGUUUCCGCCGGUGCUACCUGUCUGUCCCUCCGUAGUAGUUGCUUGUCAGAUUCGUUCGUCUAAUUAUUGACAUAUAUAAACGGUUUGCUGUUUGGAGUCUAGAAUAAUGCUGAUUCUUCAAUUGAUCCUUCCUUUUCGGCUAGUA